AUGCCUCACAUCGAACCUCAAAAACACUGUUCCAUUCCUCACGCUGAACCUCACAAAGACUCUCCCAUGCCUCACACCGAACCUCAGAAACACUGUCCCAUGCCACACACUAACCCUGAAAAACACUGUCCCAUGCCUGACGCUGAACCUCAAAAACACUGUCCCAUGCCUCACACUGACCCUCAAAAACAUUGUCCCAUCCUUCAGACCGAACCUCAAAAACACUGUCCCAUGCCUCACACCGAACCUCAAAAACACUGUCCCAAGCCACACACUAACCCUCAAAAACACUGUCCCAUGCCUCACGCUGAACCUCACAAAGACUCUCCCAUGCCUCAGACUGAACCUCAAAAACACUGUUCCAUACCUCAUGCUGAACCUCACAAAGACUCUCCCAUGCCUCAGACUGAACCUCAAAAACACUGUUCCAUACCUCACACCGAACCUCAAAAACACUGUCCCAUGCCUCACGCUGAACCUCACAAAGACUCUCCCAUGCCUCAGACUGAACCUCAAAAACACUGUUCCAUACCUCAUGCUGAACCUCACAAAGACUCUCCCAUGCCUCAGACUGAACCUCAAAAACACUGUUCCAUACCUCACACCGAACCUCAAAAACACUGUCCCAAGCCACACACUAACCCUCAAAAACACUGUCCCAUGCCUCACACCGAACCUCAAAAACACUGUCCCAAGCCACACACUAACCCUCAAAAACACUGUCCCAUGCCUCACGCUGAACCUCACAAAGACUCUCCCAUGCCUCAGACUGAACCUCAAAAACACUGUUCCAUACCUCAUGCUGAACCUCACAAAGACUCUCCCAUGCCUCAGACUGAACCUCAAAAACACUGUUCCAUACCUCACACCGAACCUCAAAAACACUGUCCCAUGCCUCACGCUGAACCUCACAAAGACUCUCCCAUGCCUCAGACUGAACCUCAAAAACACUGUUCCAUACCUCAUGCUGAACCUCACAAAGACUCUCCCAUGCCUCAGACUGAACCUCAAAAACACUGUUCCAUACCUCACACCGAACCUCAAAAACACUGUCCCAUGCCUCACGCUGAACCUCACAAAGACUCUCCCAUGCCUCAGACUGAACCUCAAAAACACUGUUCCAUACCUCAUGCUGAACCUCACAAAGACUCUCCCAUGCCUCAGACUGAACCUCAAAAACACUGUUCCAUACCUCACACCGAACCUCAAAAACACUGUCCCAAGCCACACACUAACCCUCAAAAACACUGUCCCAUGCCUCACACCGAACCUCAAAAACACUGUCCCAAGCCACACACUAACCCUCAAAAACACUGUCCCAUGCCUCACGCUGAACCUCACAAAGACUCUCCCAUGCCUCAGACUGAACCUCAAAAACACUGUUCCAUACCUCAUGCUGAACCUCACAAAGACUCUCCCAUGCCUCAGACUGAACCUCAAAAACACUGUCCCAUGCCACACACUAACCCUGAAAAACACUGUCCCAUGCCUCACGCUGAACCUCAAAAACACUGUCCCAUGCCUGACACCAAACCUCAAAAACACUGUCCCAUGCCUCACAAUGACCCUCAAAAACAUUGUCCCAUCCUUCAGAUCCUCACACCAAACCUCAAAAACACUGUCCCAAGCCACACACUAACCCUCAAAAACACUGUUCCAUACCUCAUGCUGAACCUCACAAAGACUCUCCCAUGCCUCAGACUGAACCUCAAAAACACUGUUCCAUACCUCAUGCUGAACCUCACAAAGACUCUCCCAUGCCUCAGACUGAACCUCAAAAACACUGUCCCAUGCCACACACUAACCCCUUAA